CUUAGAGAUUCUAGUAGAUUGGUUUUUUGACGAAACUGUCGACGAAUAUUUCUCAUCGUUGUGUUUAAACAUUUGCUGUACAAACUAUUUUUUAAAACGUAUUUCCAAAUUAUUGCAAUUAUAACAAAUCAUCAUUAUGUCAAAUGUUGUUGUACGGACAAAUGAAUUUUCAACUAUAUGGCCUCUAUUGUUAGAUUAUAAUCAACGUGAAUGUUUACAGAUUUUACGACGUCUUGAAUUAGAGGCCUAUAGUAAAAUUGUAGCAGUAUUACGAGCACAAGGACCGUUAACAGAAGAAAAGAAAAAGCUAUUGCAUAAAUUACAACGUCUGUUGAGUAUUUCAAUUGAUCGGCAUAAAGCUGAAGUUCGUAAAGCUUUAAAUGAUGAAGAGCUUGCAACUAUAUCAGAAGCUGUAUGCGGUAAAGAGGUUGAUGAAGAAUGGAUCUUAGAGGGUAAACGUAUUUCACCAAUUUUUCAACGUCCAAGUCCUGAGACUAUUUUUAUAUCACAAGCUAAUAAAGCUUCUUUUGAACAGUUAAUUCGUAAUUCUCGAUUACCAUGUCCAGCGGAAACAGCAACAUUUUCUGAAACUUUCAUAAAACUAGCAAAAUUGAAUGAUGAGAAAGUUGAUGUUAAACAACAAUCAGUUGAACAGAAAUUUCCUCCAGUAGUAGUAACGAAUGAUAAAGUAUGUGAUAUAUCAAUGAAUAAAUCGAAGACAGACAUUCACACUGUUAAUGACUCAAUUCAUCUUUCACAAAACAAAAAUGAAAAUAAUAUUAAACUAGAUAAUUUGAAUAAAUUAACAGAAAAAUGUUCACCAGUGAAAACUCAAAAUAAUCCACUUGUUAAAUCACUACUUGAACCCAAAACUAAUUCUAUUCAGUCACCAUCGAUAAAAGAUAACAAUUAUGUUGUGGAUAAAAGCUCCUUGGAUGUUGUGUUACCACAAAAAAUGGAGAUUAGUUCAUCACUUCAAAUGGAUAGUCAACAAGAAAACUCUACCCUAUUCACUUCCUUUUCUUCUUCAUCGUCAACUUCAUACACUGAAGUUCUAAAUGCAAAAAAUCAAGUUUUAUCCAAUCAAUUAACAUUAUUGCCGGUAGUUACACGUGAAUCUUCAUCUUCCGGAAGUAGUUGUUUAUUGAAAUCGGAAAAUACUUCACUUGUCAAUUGUAUUAGUGAUACUAUAUUGAAUAAACCUAGUAAAGCUCAUGAAUCUGUUUCGUUGAAUGAGAUAAAUAUGUCAACUUCAGUUGAUGCUCAAUUUAUGACACCCGCUACAACAGCAGCCAAUGUUGUUACCUAUGCGAUUUCAGAACCUCGCACUGUUCAACCAGUUUUUAGUCAAAUCAAUCGAAUUCCUAUUACAACUACUAUAACCAGUGGUAAAGUAUUGAAUUCAUCUAAUUAUUCAGCUGUACAUGGCGUGAAUCUCUCAUCAUUGCCAUCAUCAUCUUCAGCUCAUACAUCUCAACAUUUGGUCGUACAAAUGCAUCGAAAUCCUGACGAUUUAUUGGAUUCUAGCCAACAAGUAUUAACAACUACUCAACGCUGUUCUCUAAUCAAUCCUACCAAUUCAGUUUAUGUUUGUGAGCAUUCAACACCUACAGCGACACGUUUAUGUUCCACUUCUUCUCCUAGUCAUAUUAAUAAUUUUGCAACUAAUAGUAAUAAACUAUAUCAGCCUAUCAGCAGAUCGAAUUUAGAUAAUAUAAUCGGAGUAAAACGCCACCACCACCAACAACAACCUCAUACAUUGUCAUCUGUAACUCCUAGUGUUCUAAGCAUUCAAAGCCUUCAUAAUAGUACUACACCAUCUCAACGUUUUCGUGCUCCACAAUCACAACCACCAGUUGUUUCUACAAAUGAAACUCCGAAACAGUUAUCAUCUAUUACACAAAUUCAAAAUCCUAAAAUUUUAAAAGCUACCAUACCUGUUUGUAGUAACGUCUUGGGAUCAACAACGUAUGCAUCAAAUAUGUUUUGUAGUUCAGUGAUAAAUAUUACAACAGAUAAUUUGCCGAUUAAUAAUAAUACUGAUCAAUUAAAUCGUACUUCAUUACCUCAACAAAAUACAUUGAUCCCAUCUAGUUCAGUUGUACAAUUUCCAUCGUCAAUUUCCGGGAACAAUGUAAUUGUGUUGCAUAAAGGUAUUGCGCGUAAAACAUUCACACCUACUCCAUCUAUACGAAUUGGAUCAACUGUGCCGGUCAAUAACAAUACACAAGCAAUUGUAUCUGGUGGUUAUUCAAACGCUUCCAUUGCAUUCCCGAGUCGUCAGUUUCGAAUUAUUGGUUUAUCGAAUACACCUGUAUGCUCUAAUUCUAGUACCGUUGAAACUUCAAUUUAUAAUCAGGAACCUAGUCAAGUAAUUUGCAAUAUCAAUGAAUUAGUAUCUAUUCAAAAUACUCCCACGAUGAUGACGACAACAAAUGCUAUUUCUAAAUCGUCAUCUAGUCAUUUACUUCAUCAUAGUUCACGUUUAGGAUCAAUUCUAGAAGUUGAUCUUGACUCGGAUAAUUAUAGUGAUCAAACCAAUUAUUAUUCUGAUUAUCAUAACGCUACUAUACAUAGCAAUAAACCGACUUCUCAUUGUUCUACUAUUGUUACAAUUCCACAAACGUCUUUAUCAAUAGACGUAUCGAAAUUAACACCUAUUCAUCAUAACAAACCAACUGUUUUAACCGAUGAAUUGUCUGUUGUCAAUUUACUUCGUACUACAACUAGUACUACUAAUAGUAAUAAUGAUUUACACAAUACUUCAUCUGGGUUAUAUACUAUAAUCAAUGAACAGUCGUUAAAUAAUAAUCAAUUGCCGAUAUAUUCUGAGGGUGGUAAUGUUAUAUGUCAACGAGAACAAUUGAAACCAGUGGGAGCAGCUGCCAUGUCCACCGCUACAAUUGAUUCAUCACAGAAGUGUAUUGAAUUAACCUCUUGGAAUAAUAAUACCAUUGGUAGCAGCAGUUGUCUUAGUGCUACUACUACUAGUAGUAGUAGUGGUAGUGGUAAAAUGAUUGGUCGUCUCCAGGGUAAUCCUACUGCUUCGAAUGUUGUACUGUUCAAUAACCCACCAAAUGCUAAACGUCCACGUUUUGAAUUAUCAUCAUCAGCAUCAUCCACAGCAUCAAUCGAAAGUUCACAUUGAUAAAUACAUUGUUAAUUUUGGAUAAUAUGUCAUCAUCAUUUACCCUGGGACCAAUCAUAAUUUAUACAGAUUGCAUUCUCUUUAACUUUUAACCUACCUUUCUGAAAUAUUUUCUUUAGAGUUUGAUUGUAUAUUGCUGAAUAAUCUUCCUUUGAUUUCCUCCAUAUCUUUUCAUAUAUAUAUAUAUAUAUAUAUAUAUAUAUAUAUAUAUAUAUAUAUAUAUAUAUAUAUA